GCCGAGCUGGUGUCGGCGCUGCCCGCAGGUCCGACCCCGCUGUAGCGGUCCAGCAGCUCGCCGGGAAAUCUUUACAGUCUCUUUCCAGUGUUGAAAUAGAAGCUGAGAAGCAGAAAACAUGUUGGAAACAAUUGAUAUGCAUCGGGCCCUCCAGGCCAUGGAGCGCUUACAGGCAAAACUUCGGGAUCGAGGUGACAUUGCAAAUGAGGAGAAACUGAGCCUAUUAAAAUCAGUGCUGCAGAGUCCUCUCUUUAAUCAAAUUCUGAGCCUUCAGACUUCUGUUCAACAACUAAGAGAUCAGGUAAAUAUUACACCUUCCAUACAUUCCAGUGGCGAAUUCCCUCAGCUUAUCCAUCAUGGUGUGAAUGUUGGGUCCUUGCCGCUUAAUGAGUCAUAUUUGUUGGCUCAGCAGAAUGGCAACCCAGCUAAUGUGUUAGAAACAUCAAUGAGAUCCAUUACUCCUCAGAUUAAUGGGAAAUUCUGCAGUGAUGACUUUGAGCAGCUGAUCAGAAACAUGUCCCAGGGUCGUCUUGUUGAGACAAUUGACCUUAUUAAACCUCUAAGUGGUGGUCUGGGCUUCAGUGUUGUGGGACUCAAGAGUGAAAACAGGGGAGAACUAGGAAUAUUUGUGCAAGAAAUCCAGGAGGGAAGUGUGGCACAUCGAGAUGGAAAGCUGAAGGAAGCAGAUCAAAUCCUUGCUAUUAAUGGACAAGCCCUUGAUCAGACAAUUACACAUCAACAAGCUAUCAGCAUUUUGCAGAAAGCAAAAGAUAAUGUCCAGCUAGUUGUGGCUAGAGGCACUUUUCCUCAGCUCAUCAGUCCUGUAGUUUCCCGGUCUCCAUCUGCUGCUAGCACAGUUUCAGCCCAUUCCAACCCGGUUCACUGGCAGCAUGUGGAGACCAUAGAGUUGGUCAAUGAUGGCUCAGGUCUGGGAUUUGGGAUAGUGGGAGGAAAGUCAACUGGAGUAAUUGUUAAAACCAUCCUCCCGGGAGGGGUGGCUGAUCAGCAUGGAAGAUUGUGUAGUGGAGAUCACAUCUUGAAAAUUGGUGAUACAGACCUAGCUGGAAUGAGCAGUGAGCAGGUGGCACAAGUUCUAAGGCAGUGUGGAAAUAGAGUGAAACUGGUAAUUGCAAGAGGGCCUGUUGAGGAGCCACUUCUACCAGCAGUUCCUCCAGGUACACCAAUACCCACCGCUACACCAGAGAAAGAGGAUGAUGCUUCUGUUGAUAGCUAUGAAGAUGGGGAGAAAUUCAAUGUUGAACUCACUAAAAACAGCCAGGGCUUAGGAAUAACUAUUGCUGGUUAUAUUGGAGACAAGACAUCAGAACCUUCUGGUAUCUUUGUGAAAAGCAUUACAAAAGGCAGUGCUGUUGAACAUGAUGGCAGAAUCCACGUGGGAGAUCAAAUUAUAGUUGUGGAUGGAACAAAUCUUCAGGGUUUUACUAACCAGCAAGCAGUUGACGUUUUGCGGCACACGGGACAAACGGUUCGGCUCACUUUGAUCAGAAGAGGUCGUAAGCAGGAAAAUUGUAUUCCACCCCAGGAGGACUUCAAUGCUCCUGUUGAGCAGGACUUACUAUUCCAAACAAGGGAUAGUACCACAGCCAAAGAUAACAAUGAAACAGAACAGGGAUCCCCAUCACUGCCAUCCAGUGCCAGUGUGGUAAAUAUUGGAGAUGACAUGAAACAACAGGAAACAGGUUCUCAAGAUUUCCAGCUAACUAGUACAGAAGAAGCGGCUGCAAAGAUAAAGUGGCAGAGAAUUAUGGGUUCGAAUUAUGAAAUAGUGGUGGCUAUGGUUAACAAAUUUAGUGAAAGCAGUGGGUUAGGGAUAAGCCUUGAAGCUACAGUGGGUCAUCAUUUCAUCAGAUCUAUCUUACCUGAAGGGCCAGUUGGACGAAGCGGCAAGCUAUUCAGUGGAGAUGAACUGCUGGAAGUGAAUGAGAUCUCUCUUCUUGGAGAAAACCACAAGGAUGUGGUCAGUAUCUUGAAAGAGCUGCCUAUUAAGGUGACAAUGGUGUGCUGUCGUCCAGUAGCUCCACCUGUCACUCAACCAGAAAUACUAGAGAGUCUAAGCCUAUCUGAGGUUCAGCUUACAGAAAAGGGUCACAUAGAACUUGGAUUCAUUGGUUCCUCAGACACAGAGGGAACAACUUUGGAAACAGCUGAUGAAGGUCAGAGUGUGGAAGGGGUGCAAAGCUCAUCUCUGGCAAUGUGGGAAACAGAAGUACAGCACAUUGAGCUGGAGAAAGGGAGUAUGGGGCUUGGAUUUAGCAUAUUGGACUAUCAGGAUCCUGUUGAUCCAGCAAACACUGUAAUUGUGAUUCGCUCAUUAGUUCCUGGGGGUGUGGCUGAGCAAGAUGGCAGACUUCUUCCUGGAGAUCGGCUUAUGUUUGUCAAUGAUAUCAACUUGGAAAACGGCAGCCUGGAGGAAGCAGUGCAAGCACUGAAAGGAGCCCCAACAGGAACAGUUAAAAUAGGAGUUGCCAAACCAUUGCCUGUGGACUCUGGCGAGGCAGAUCUAGCGGAUGAGUCCACCUUUGAAUCACAGUAUUCUCUAGAGAGAGACGUCUUCCAGGAUUCAGUGACAGCUCUGCAUGACAGUGCCUGUAGCGGUGAGGUGAAUGACAGCUUCUCUCUUCCAUUAUCAACUCCCAAGUCUGUUGGAGAGGAAUGCCCAAAUGCUGCAGCUGAUUUCCAUGUAUCUGAGAAAAAUCUGUACAACAUGAAUUUGAAUCAGAGACUGAGAGAUGAAAAGUCUGUAGCGGACAGUAGCCUGGAAACUGCAAGUGAUUUUACUAAAAUAGAUCUUUUGACACUGGAGGUUUCAGAUACCAACCAAAAUGAAAGUGAAAAUACACCAACAUGGACUGGAUCUCAAACAACAUCAGAGAUUGUACUGAAUACAAGCCUUGCUACUACCACGCAGCUUGAUCCCAAUGAAAAAGAUCAAUUGCUUUUAAUGGAAAAGAGAUGCCCAGUAUCUUUGGAGGGAAAUACCACACCCCAAAAUUCAGUCAAAAACAUGUAUGAGAAGACUAUCACCAUUGCAAAAGGCAAUUCAAGCCUAGGGAUGACAGUAAGUUCCAAUAAAGAUGGUUUGGGAAUGAUAGUUCGCAGUGUCAUCCAUGGAGGCUCAAUAAGUCGUGAUGGACGGAUUGGUGUGGGGGACUGCAUCCUAUCCAUUAAUGAAGAGUCGACCACUAACUUAACCAAUGCACAAGCCCGGGCUAUGCUGAGACGACAUUCUCUCAUUGGACCAGACAUAAAAUCUUCUCCAGCACCUGCUGAUGAUCAGGCCCUGUGUUAUAUUAUUACAUAUGUGCCAGCAGAAAAUUUAGACGAGUACCGGGCCAGUCUGGGACAACAGACAGAGGGAACAGUGCCACUUGAACCUUUUCCUUCACAUAUUGUCAGGGAACUUCCAGAGCUUCCAGAACGUGAAGAGGGGGAGGGAGAAGAAAGUGAACUUCAAAAUGCAGCUUUCAGUAACUGGAACCAGCCCAGAAAGGUCGAACUCUGGAGAGAGCCCAGCAAAUCAUUGGGCAUCAGCAUUGUUGGAGGACGAGGGAUGGGAAGCCGCCUGAGCAAUGGAGAGGUGAUGAGAGGGAUUUUUAUCAAACACAUCCUGGAAGACAGCCCAGCUGGCAAAAAUGGAACACUGAAAACUGGAGAUCGGAUUGUAGAGGUGGAUGGAAUUGACCUCAGAGAUGCCAGCCAUGAACAAGCUGUGGAAGCCAUACGGAAGGCAGGCAAUCCUGUAGUCUUUAUGGUACAGAGCAUUAUAAGCAGACCAAGGCCAGAGUCUCUUUAUAGCCCUUCUUCAGCUUCUGCUCCCUGUGGGCAGAAAACUACUAACCCAUUUUAUCGUCAGUCAUCUAAGGCAUUUGGUCAGUCUGACACAGAACCAGAAAAGACUUUGCUUUGUAACCUGCCUCUGCCCCCUCCUUCAGCAUUUUCAGGAAUGAGCUCUGAUGUUGCACAGUCAUCUUCUGUCAGAGUCCCAGAAGAUGUGGAAAAGGAGGAUGAGUUUGGUUACAGCUGGAAAAAGAUCGUGCAUCGCUACGGAAAUCUACCAGGGGAGCUACACAUGAUUGAACUGGAAAAAGGAAAGACAGGUCUGGGACUUAGUCUUGCUGGUAACAAAGACCGAUCCAGGAUGAGUGUCUUUAUAGUGGGAAUUGAUCCAAAUGGAGCAGCUGGAAAAGAUGGCAGGUUACAGAUUGCAGAUGAAUUGCUAGAGAUAAAUGGCCAAAUCCUUUAUGGAAGGACUCAUCAGAAUGCAUCCUCAAUAAUCAAAUGUGCACCAUCUAAAGUUAAAAUAAUCUUUAUAAGAAACAAGGAUGCAGUAAAUCAGAUGGCCGUUUGCCCUGCAAAGUCAGUAGAGGCUUCACAGUGUACUUCAGGGACACUUCAACAUCAAGAGAUGGAUAUCAGUGUUGCAAACCCAAGUGCAUUUUCUGACUUAAGCUCGUGUAAAAACAUUCAGUAUGUGGAACUUCCUAAGGAUCAAGGAGGCUUUGGAAUUGCCAUUAGUGAAGAAGACACAACUAAUGGAGUAGUAAUUAAAAGCUUAACAGAUCAUGGUGCGGCUGCAAAGGAUGGACGUAUCAAAGUUGGAGAUGUGAUUCUGGCAGUGGAUGAUGAAAUUGUUGUAGGAUAUCCUGUAGAAAAGUUUAUUAGCCUCCUGAAGACAUCCAAAUCUGUGGUGAGGCUUACAAUCAACCCAGCAGAGACAGAUAACCUGAGUACAGCACCAGCCCUUCCCAGCACUGUCCCAGCAGAGAAGAGGAAUAUGCAACCACCAGCAGCUUUCCCCAUUUCCAGCUCACCAGAACCAGAAGCAGUCAAAAACACAAGCAGGUCUUCAACUCCAGCUAUGUUAACGUCCGACCCAACUACUUGUCCCAUCAUUCCUGGAUGUGAAACAACCAUUGAUAUCUCCAAAGGGCGGACUGGUCUUGGUCUGAGCAUUGUUGGAGGAGCAGACACUUUGCUGGGAGCAAUCAUUAUCCAUGAGGUAUAUGAAGAAGGAGCAGCAUCUAAAGAUGGACGACUGUGGGCUGGUGAUCAGAUACUAGAGGUGAACGGAAUUGACCUCAGGAAUGCCACACAUGAUGAAGCCAUUAAUGUCCUCCGUCAGACACCCCAAAAAGUUCGCCUGACUGUGUACAGAGAUGAAGCCCAGUACAAGGAGGAAGACAUGUAUGAUGUGCUGAAUAUAGAGCUCCAGAAGAAGCCUGGUAAAGGCCUUGGGCUGAGUAUUGUUGGGAAAAGAAAUGACACAGGUGUUUUUGUGUCAGACAUUGUCAAAGGAGGAAUAGCAGAUACAGAUGGGAGAUUGAUGCAAGGAGACCAGAUAUUGACAGUGAAUGGAGAAGAUGUCCGAAAUGCUAACCAGGAGGCUGUUGCAGCUUUGCUAAAGUGUUCCUUAGGUACAGUAAGACUAGAGGUUGGAAGAAUAAAAGCUGGGCCAUUUCACUCUGAAAGGAGAACAUCUCAGAGCAGCCAGGUCAGUGAAGGAAGUGGCAGUUUCUCAUCAUUCAGUUUCCCAGUUUCUGGGUCCGGUGCACCUGAGGUCUUUGAAAGUGGCCUAAAGAGGCAUACCACAGCUUCUGAAAUACAGGGACUAAGAACAGUUGAAAUAAAAAAGAACCCUACAGAUUCACUAGGAGUGAGCAUUGCUGGAGGUGUAGGAAGUCCUCUUGGAGAUGUUCCUAUAUUUAUUGCCAUGAUGCACCCAAAUGGAGUUGCAGCUCAGACUCAGAAAUUAAGAGUUGGGGACAGGAUUGUUAGCAUCUGUGGAACAUCUACUGAGGGCAUGACUCAUUCCCAAGCUGUUAAUAUCUUAAAAAAUGCUUCAGGCACUAUUGAGUUGCAGGUUGUAGCUGGAGGAGAAGUGAGUGUCAUAACUGGUCAGCAACAGGAUCCGCCUAUGCCCAGUCUUUCAUUUGCAGGACUAACUUCAACUGGCAUUUUUCAGGAUGAUUUAGGACCUCCUCAGUACAAGACCAUUACUCUGGACAGAGGACCAGAUGGCCUUGGCUUUAGUAUUGUGGGUGGCUAUGGCAGUCCCCAUGGAGACUUACCCAUUUAUGUGAAGACAGUCUUUGCAAAGGGUGCAGCAGCAGAAGAUGGACGCCUCAAGAGGGGGGAUCAAAUCAUUGCUGUGAAUGGGCAGAGUUUAGAAGGGGUGACCCAUGAAGAAGCAGUUGCUAUUCUGAAAAGGACAAAAGGAACAGUCACUUUGACUGUGUUGUCAUGAGCUGGCUGCCUGACAGGCUAGGGUCAAUAAGACAAUAUUGUUUACUUUCCACAUAGUAAAGAGAAUGGAAAUGUUUAUGUAGUCUUCUUGCUCUUUCAACUUCACAGGACUGUGUUACAACACUGAAGAAAAAUAACAGUUAACCAUAUUUUUGUAUACAUUAGAAGUAAUUCCCUUUCUGUCAAACCACUGGGAUGAAGUUUUGUUGAUAAUAGAAACACGUGGAUAUUUUUCCUAUUAGUAAGUCACCAUGAAAAAAAUGUUGUCAUUAAUAACCAUACAAGAAAACUUAAAAUGUUUUGGGAAGAGACUUUGCAUAUUUGAAUAAUGUUGGAAAAAUGAUAAAUUCACCAAGUCAGCACAGAGGUUGCAGGGUAGCAGUAGUCAGAAAACAGGAAUAAGGUUAUUGAAGAAAGAAAAUGUUACUAAAACAGAGAUUUGGAAGAUAAGGGGAAAUGUAUGUAAUCUGGAGGCAGAUGCUUAAUAGACUAGAUGGUUCUUUGGAACUAGAUGAUUUUUAAGGUUCCUUUCAACCCAACCUGUUCAAUGAUCGUACUAUUACACAAUGCUCAAUAGAACUAGUUUGGUGAUUUGGGUGGAUUUUUUUGCUUGUCUUUUUGUGCAUUUAAUUUUUUCUAAGUCAUGGUGUAUCUGAAAAAAAAAAAAAGAGAGAACACUGUUUCACUUGGCUUAGGUGUGAGGGUUUCAUUAUUUUGGCAGCAGUGGGGUGUGUUGGUGGUGGUGAUAGUGGUUUUGGUUUUUGUUUGUUUUGUAUGUGGAUUCUGUGAGACUUGUGCUCAGGGCUGAAAAAUCCAUUACUAGUGGAAACUAUUCCUGGUGAUUGAGAAUGCCCAGUAACUGCAGUAUUAGAAGAACUAGACUUUUAAAAUAGGAAUAUUUUAUAGUUCUUAUGGGUAAAAACAACUUUUCUAAUAUGAAGUGUCUGUAAGCAAAGGUUGUCCUCUUUGAACAUGCAACACCAGGUAUAGGGUCAGUGCAGACAUUUCUCUAAGCUGCUUGCAUCAGAGCUGUGAACAAACCUCUCAGAGCAGCUUGCCUUAGCUGCCAGCAGAUGUCUGGAUAUUGCCAGUAUGGAAGGAGUUGACAUUAAUGGUGUUGCUGCCAUUAUCACUAGCAGCAAAGAUAGAGUCCUCCUUGAACUGAGGAGGCAUACAACCAGGAGUCACGGGUUGAGCAUGGGUAAAGACCUGAAAAUGCCUCACAGUUGAGGUGAGUAGUAAGACUGUAGUGAGGGUUUGCAUCAAUAAUAAGCAGAAGAGGAGCUUUGACAACUACAACUAUUAUUUUGGGGAUAUUAAUAUUUGGGGAUAUUAAUUUUAGAGGCAUAGAUAAAAGCAUCCAGUAAGUACAAUGCAAUUGUGGAGCUUUCUUUGAUCAGCAGCAUGGUCAAUAAAUGCAUCACUUUCUCAUUACUUAAACUUUAUCUAAAAACUGCACUCAAUGAAACACUUAGCUGAUUGUAACCUGCCUGCCUUUGCCUGCCAUGUUCCUAGGAAUCUGGCAGAUAAAGCAUGCUUUUCCCAUUAUUUAUUUUCGUGCAGAAAAAUUUAGCUGAAUCUUUGAGAGGAAGAUACCAGUCAAACUAGUAUGCUAUUUUAGCAGCAGGAUGCUUUGUGUUAAUUAGCAAAAAUGGAAUUUCAGCAAGAAGGCCACUAUCUCAACUACCACUUACAAGAAAUAUGAACUGAAAAUGCAAGUAAUGGUCAGGCCAUUAUUAGGGGAUAAUACAAAAGACUAACAUUCAUUUUAGUGGUUCACAAAAGCAGUAUUAGGAAUGUCUGUUAAAUAGUAUUAACAAAUUGAUAGCUAUGUGUAAAUGAAUUAACAAAAAAAUCCCACUCUUUUUAACUAUGCUAGAAGUUACAUUGUGGUAGGCUAAGAUGCAGUAAUCUAGAUGGAACCAUUGCAGGAUGCUGCUGUUAUUGAAUUGCUUUUGUACUUAUUCCUUGCAUAGAGUGAGAAAUGCUUACAUUAGAGUAUGUAAAGUCACUUUAUAUAGUAUCUAUAUUUGUAACAGAAGUAAUGUACAGCUAUUUUGUUACUGCUCUUGUGUCACAAUGGGGGAUUUAAAUUAAUGAAUUUCAAACUGUUGUGAUGAAGUUCUGGGUGUGUUACUAGUUGCUUUAUAAUACUAGCAUGCUUGUAUUAUUCAUUCUGUUGCAGAAGAUUAAUUCAAAACAAUUUAGUAGUUAAAAAAAGGCAUUACUCUUGAUGUAAACCUUAAAGCAUGUGCUAAAAAUUAAUUUUUUUUAAAGAUGUUAUCUUCACUUGCAAACUCUUAGCAAAUUCAUGAAACUGUGAAGCUGUCUUGCUUUUUUGUAAUAUAGCAUCAAUCUUUGUUAAAAAACUAUUCCUUCAGGCAUGGGAUGUGCCAUGAGGGACAAAAAUAGUGGGCCAUGGAGCUUGGGGCUCAGAGAACAGGCUCUCUCCCAAGCCCCAUGCUAGGAAACUGUUGCAUGAUCAGUGUUUAGUGGCUGCCGUGCACUGGACCAUGUAGUAAUAGACUUUUCAGGCUUAGAAUGUUUGGUUUCAUUUACCAUUUUGUAUUCAACACAACUUUCCAGUCACAGGAGUUAGUCCUGUAAGGUGCUAGGUACUGUGGCCCAGUUCUACCAAGUUUUGGUUUUGGCUGCAUUUUUUCCAUGUUAUUGUGUUACAGGUUUGGAAGGGUCUGGCCUCUUAAAGGCUCCAUCCCAUUGUCUGGUCAGAUAUCCAGCCCUUUUUUUUUAACUCUCAGCUAUUUAUUGCUGAGCAGUAAUCUUAGUGGUAUUAAUGAAAAGCUCUUUAAUUUUAGAGUGGUAUUAAUGAAAGGGACUGUCAUUUUUGAAAGCAUGGGUCUGAACAAAGGACAGAUGAUUCAUAGGAAUGCACAUAUUUCAUUUCUUGACAGUGAACAGGUAUCAUUGGCACAGCUGCUUUUCUGUUCAUUCUUCUGUUAGAUUUUAUUUCUGAGUUAGUUUUAUGGUAGCAGUAGUAUUGUUAAUUCUCAGCUGAGAGAAGGGUUGGAAUUUAAUAGCUAUUGCUGAUCCCCUUUCCUUCACUCUAUUCAGUCUCUUUUUAUAAGAAAAAAAAAGAAACUGUAUAUUCUGUAGGCCUAGAUGAAGAAAAAAGUGUCAUCCUUUUUGUUAAGUGUCAAGAUGUUGUCUUUUGCUGACAGAGACUUGGAAGUAAUGUGGAAGUACUUAGGUCAUUUAAUAGUGUUUUGGCAAAGAAAGCCUUACCUCAAAAUGGGAGUGACAUUGGAAAGGGCAUUUGUUAGAUUUCCACACACACUUUUUCUUGCUUUUUAAAAACAAAUAGUUUGAAGCAUCUAAAAUAUUCCUGUGUAGAGGGCAUUUCUGUUUUCAGCUCCAAGUGAACCUACUAUGAAUAAAGUUUUCACAUUCUUUACAAAUGUUAUUAAAACUGUAAAUAUUUUUAAUAGUAAACAGUAUUGUCCUUAGCCUAUUCAA